CAUCUCUGCAUAACCCCCGUGACUGACUGGUUGGGGUUGGACCGGUUUUCAUCUGUUCUUGUCCUGAGAGGAGGCGAGCAGAAGGCUCGUGCGACCGCCACGAGAAGGGCGACGACGGCGGCGGGAUCAAGGUCACUCUCGACUCGACGACGACGGCUUGCUCGACGGCGGCGGCUGGCGGCUCAUCCCCAAACCCUAGGUCCGUCCCAACACUCCAAGAAGCCGGCGCGCGGCGGCAGCGGGAUCAGGGUCGCUCUCAACGGCGACGGCGGCUGGCGGCUUGCUCGAUGAUGGCGGCUGGUGGCUCAUCCUCAAACCCUAUGUCGAGAGAAGCCUCGUCCUCGGCGGCCGCCGCGGCGGCGGGGGUGGCUGUGAGGGAUGUUGGGGAUGACAAGCCCUUGCCGUCGGCGGAGGUUGACAUCACCUACUGGGCGGCGCAGGAAGAGGCGGCUGCGCUGCUUGAGUCGAUGGCCGCGAGGGCUCGUGGGGAGGACGACCUACCGGAGGAGCAGCUGCAAGCCAAUAACCAACUACAGGAAGACGAGGUAAUGCUUAGUACUAGUACUAGUUACUAGUUCGCCCAUUGCACUAGAAUGUGUGUAUAAGUUCCCAAACAGUAUCAGUAUGCAGAACCAUCAAUCAUGCUUAUGGUGAACAAAUUUCGAAGUUACUGUUUAUUUGUGCGAAGAUUUAUUCCGGAUGUACUGUGCGCAGUAGUACUCAAGUCUCCUAAGACAGAUAUUGCAGUGAAAUUACACCUAUAUAACAUUCUGGUUUCUCUCGGAGGUCCUAAAAUCUGCCCAGCAGUUCUGAUGAGCGCAUCACUUUCAAUUAGGAUACCAAAAUAUGGAGAUAUAUUUAUCAGGAAAGAUUAGGAUCACUCAACUUAUACGUAGCUAUUGCCUGGCGUAAUGGAUUAGCACAUUGGAAUACUGCCAGUUCAAAUAGCCUAAGUAGUGUUAUGUUUAGGUAAUAGCACUGCAAGCUAUUUUUGGUGAUGAUAUGGUGAUCUUGGAGAAUAAGGACAAUCUUCGAUUUAUUCAGGUAACAUAAGUUUCUUUUGAAUCUUCUGUUGUCCUCAACUUCUAUCUUUUGAGAAGAUUGUUCAUGAAUUAUUCCACAGAUUUUUGUGCAUUAUACACUUCCUGAUAGUAUCCGUGUGUUCUUGAAUCUUCGUCGAAGUGGAGCUAUGGUUGGAACUGAUGAUAGUGAAAACCACAAUGGCGGAGAACUCUAUCAUCUUGCAGGUUGCAGCAUUUGCCACCUGUUGUGCUAACAUGUUUGUUGCCACGGUCAUAUCCAAGUAUAUGUGCUACAUAUUUUACCAUUUCAGCUAAAUGGUUGGAUGAACCAAAGGUCUCAUACCUGUGUGCUGCGCUUGAUGAGGUUUGGACAGAGCUUCCAGGGCAAGAAGUCAUAUACAGAUGGGUGGAUUGGCUGAAUAGCUCUUCGUGGUCUUCCAUUGCUUUGAAUGAUGAAAUAGUGUUAGAUCCAGAUAAAACAUUAAAAAUUGGAGAUGAACGAGCUAUCGCGAGAAGAAUUUUAGUUGAGUCUACUAUUCCUCUUAUGCAGAGUUACAGUGAGAAGAGAUCUCAUAAGAUAUUUUUGGAAAGCCUUCUCGUGUGUGGAAUUUGUCUAAGUGAGGAUGUUGGCAGAAAUUUCAUCAAGCUCCCAUGCCAUCAUUCCUUUUGUUUGAAGUGUAUGGAGUCUCACUGCAAAAUCCAUGUGAAAGAAGGGAAUUUAAUGCAGCUGGCAUGUCCUGAUACAAAUUGCCGCAAUCCACUUCCGCCAUCCGUAUUGAAAAGCCUUCUACGAGAUGAUGGAUAUGCACAAUGGGAAUCAUUUGCUCUACAGAAACUGUUAGAUGCAAUGCCUGAUCUAGUUUACUGCCCCAGGUGUUCUGCUGCUUGCUUGGAAGUUGACAAUGAUGCUCAAUGCCCGGGUUGUUUUUUUACCUUCUGCACUUUGUGCAAACGCCGCCGCCAUGUGGGGGAUACAUGUAUUACUCCUGAAGAAAAAAUACGCAUUUUGAAGGAACGACAGAAAUUGUAUUCCAUACCAGAGGAACAAUUGUUGAAAGAAAAGAGGGAAAUAGACGAGUUGAUAAAUAUCCAGGAAGCACUUCGUGAUUCUAAGCAAUGCCCUCGUUGUAAGAUGGCUAUCUCAAAAAUUGAAGGUUGCAACAAGAUGACAUGUGGGAACUGUGGGAGAUUCUUCUGCUAUCGUUGUAACAAAGCAAUUGGAGGAUAUGAUCAUUUCUGGAAUGGAAACUGUGAUAUGUUUGAGAGGGAACAAGAUGAAAACCCACAGCAGCAGGAUGAUGAAAAUUUUGGUGGCGACCCUGACGAAGAUGCUGAACUCUUAGAACCUGAAUGGGUGCUGUUAACUUAUCCCUGUCCAAACUGUGGCCGUCGGAAUGAAAAGCUCGGUACCAACAAUCAUAUACUUUGCAUCGGAUGCCGAGGCCAUUAUUGUGCGUUGUGUCGGAAAAGAGUUUUGAGGGGCGAGCAACACUUUGGACCUAGAGGCUGCCAGCAACACACUGAAGAUUGAUAGAGAUCUCGUAUGUUGAUCGCUAUGCAGAAUGUUGUUUUGCCUAUUCCAAUGGCAUACUCGUACCUCUGUUUCUGACACCCGCUUUGUACCCAAAAUUAGAGUUUUCCUGUAGCUGUAUCAUUUAAUUUGCAUCAGGAAUUUCAUAACACUUACCAGUUAUAGGCAGUUACACUGUUUAUGUUUGUGGAAAAACAGAUACCAUGCACCUGAUUUGAACAAAACAGGUUUUGGCUUGUAAUUAGUGAACAGUUCAGGUGUGUGGAGAAUGAAAAUUCAAUUAUCCAUUUUAAGCAUGUACCGGCCAGUUGAUUUA